AUGGCUGGCGAGUGCGCUACGGUUCCCUGCAAUCUGGAUGGUUCUGGGAAGCUCGCAACGGGGGCCCUGGAGAACCGCUUGGAACCGCCGCUUCAGUCGAACACAGGAGAUUCGCAGCAACGCAUAGACCAGUUGAUCUCGGCCAAACGCGAUCCAGUGCCGGGAGACCCCAACCUCGAUCCUUUCUACCUCGAGCGGUCGCUGGAGGAUUCGAAGGCAUGGGCGUGUCGCACUGUGGACGAUACUGAUGUGGAGUUGGAGGAUCUGGAGAUCGAGUACUUCAUGUCAUACAUGGCAGAAGACCGAAAACAGCUGUCUGUCGGCCGCCAAGGACAUCCGGUUCACAUUCAGUGCGACAGCUAUCACGCCCCUUCCGCGCGAGCGCCUGUCUAUGCUGCACCAGCACCCUGGCAGAGAACGCCUGUUCAUCACAGUCAGAGUUCAUGCAGUUCGAUCCGGACGGAUGCGACUGGUUUGACUCCGGACCUCACCCCGAGCAGUUCAUUCUCCUCGACGUACUCUGUGCCCAACUGUCCCGAGGCUGUCAGGAAGGCGACCGAGCAGCUUGCCCUCCACAGCGAUCAGGUUCGACGCGAACGCUCCGACAGCACCGCUCGCUUUUACCUGCCAGCGGCCACGCCGCCUUCCCAGUCGCGGGCGUGCACUCGGCCACCGACGCCAGUCGACCGUACCGCCAGUGCUACCCCCCAGGGUGAACCGAUAAAUCUGUCCACGGAGACUCUCACCAUGAUUCCAAAGGACCAAUCCGCUCCGGCGGCUUCUUCCCUCCGAUCGAAGCCGCUGCCCAACAUCCCGCCUCUCACCAGGAACCCCAGCGGGCCAGCAGCACGGAAGAAAGCGCACAGCCAGGGGUCGCGUGGGCAGAUCGACCCGUCUCAAAUUUCUCCUCCUAGUCUCAUCAACCCGGUUACAAUGGAGCCGCAUGCGUCGCAUUUCGACCACGCGCUCUUCAUUCCGGCCCAUGACUGCCCAAGCCCGGUUCCCAAUCCCACCGCGCCGUCACCGCCCAUCACGCGACAAAUCACCAGUGCGUCGUCCAAGGAGCGGCCGUCGACUUCGACAUCGGUUGCAUAUGGAGAGCAGUCGGUGUGGGAGUCGGACUCGGAUACAGAGUCCAUUAUGGGAAAAUCCCAAUCCCGCCGGGGUCCCAUCGAAACGCUUCGGAAGGUCCGAAGCCGGGUGCAACUGCGCCGGAUCGCGAAAUCAGAAGGCAAGCUGCAAGCAGACAUCCGCGGCACAUCCCCUGAGCAGGACGACCCGACGCCCAAGCUUCCUCAGCAGCCCUAUGUGGCACCGGAGGCGGCUGGCAGUGCCACAUCGAUCGCGGACGUGUUGCCAGCAACGGCGAAGCAAACAUUGCGUCUCGUUGCACCGUCAACGACGUCUCUGCCACGCCCGCAAUCACGACACAGCAAUGAGGAAAAGGGGGAUUACGAAAUCAAUACCUCUGCCGCGGCAGCCGUCCAGGCUCAGUCCCGACGUCGACAGCGGUCGAAUGCGGACGAGACCGUGCCAUUCUCGAAAGAAGAGACGAGUGACCGGUAUUAUCCGGGGCGACAGGGUCUUCCUCGUGUUGAGUCCAACCCCGACGCGGUCCUAUCGUUAGACCGGUCCAGCGUGUUCAAGCGUGUCUGGAGGUCGCUGCGGGCUCUGAGCUGCCGCAGCGAACGAUGA